AUGCAUGGCCAGCAAGCAAAGAAGCGGUGGAUGAGCAGCAAGCAGAAAAGAGACGGAGACCAAGCAAGGGCAGAGAGAGAGAGAGAGAGAGACGAGAGCGAGAGCGAGAGGCAGUUGGUUAUAUAUAAAGAAGCAUCCACAGCUCCAGGCUUUGGCAAAAGUCAAGGUCAGGCCAGGUCAAGGUCAGGCCGCAUCAGCCAUGCGCCUAUCUAG